UUCGUUCCAAAUUCAAUUUGUAUAAUUUUGCGCGUUUUCGGCUUUAAACUUAAUGUUUAUUAUAAUUCCGUUAAAACGUGCCUUGUAACUUAAUAUACAUAUAUUUUUUGAGAUACCGUCGAUGCACUUACUAUAUAGACGAAGGACGGGCACAACAACAAAAGAAAUUGCACACCUGAUACACCCAAAGGCAGUGAAAAGAAUAUAAAAGAAAGACAACAACAAAGACAAGAGAAAUCAGUCAAGCAACUAACAACAACAACAACAACAACUACAGCAACAAUGACAACAAAACCACCAAGAAAAGUAGCACCCGAUGGCGGCUGGGGCUGGGUUGCCUGUUUCGGCGUCAGUUUGGUCAACUUGGCGACUCGCUCGAUUGAGCCGUCCUUUGGCCUGCUGUUUGGGGACACGCUGCGCGAUCUCAAUGUGGGCACCACUGGAGCCGCCGUCAUUAUCAGCACGAUGGACGUGUGCAUGAACUUCUCGGGCCUGUUUGUGGGGCCGCUGCUGAAGGAGUUCUCCUACCGCAAGGUGGCCAUAGCUGGCUCCCUGCUGUGCGGCCUGGGCCUGGCCCUGACCUCGCCGGCAACGACAAUGGCGCACAUACUGAGCACGUACAGUGUGAUCAACGGCAUCGGCGUCGGGCUGUCCACGUCGGCGGCGUUUGUGGCACUCAAUCACUACUUCAAGCAUAAGCGCGGCCAGGCGGUGGGCCUCUCCAUGGCGGGCACGGCGAUGGGCAUGCUGAUAAUGCCGCAACUGGUGCGAAUCCUGCUGGAAGCGUAUGGUUUUCGUGGUGCGGUCCUCUUGCUGUCGGGCGUGGCGCUGAACGCAAUUGUCGGCUCGGUGCUGCUGCAGCCCGUCAAGUGGCACAUGAAGGAGGAGUUCGAUGACGAGGAAUUGAUGUGCAUCUCGGCGCUGCCGACGCCGCAGCCGCAGCUGACGGCCGGCACUGGCGCAGCAGCGAAUCCGGCGCCCACCUUCAAUGUGAUCAAAGAGGAUGGCAACGAGGAGGAUGCGCUGCCAGAGCUGAAUACGCUGCUCUUCAACAAGCAUCACCAUCAGCACGGCCAUCCUUCGAUGCGCAAGAACUACUCGGAAAUGGCCAUGAACACGAUGAACGGCUCCAGACUGGGCCUGACCAAGCGGCCGACCUUUCCGCGCAUCAUGUCUCUGGCUGGUGUGCAGUCCGCGGACGUGGGCAGCGGCAGCGGCGGCUAUCCCUCACAGGCGGAGAUCAAUACGACGCAGCUGCGCUGCCGCAAGGCGUCCGUCACCUCGAAUCUGUCCUACAUGGACUUCACCGGCUCCAUACUCCAGGUGCAUCUGAAUACCGGCGACGAUGAGUUCGAGCGCAAUGAUCUGGAGCUGCGACGCGUUGGCACCGCCACCGGCAGCAUCCUGGGCGGACAUCGUGACAGCUUCAUCAAAAUGAAACCCACCGAACUGGAGAAACAGCAGACCGAACUCGCCGACGAGGAGGCCAAGAAGAACGCCAAGAAGCCGGGCUUCUGGCGUCGUUUCGCCGAUCUGCUCGACAUUGCCAUGCUCAAGGACAAGAUGUUUCUUAAUCUGCUGUUCGGCCUGUCCAUCUUCUACGUGGCCGAGAUGAACUUUAAAAUGGUGACGCCCUUCUUCUUUGCCAACUUGGGCUACUCCAAGGCGGAUGUGGCCUACUGUCUAUCGAUAACAGCCAUCACGGACAUCGCAGCGCGUAUCGUACUGCCGCCCAUCUUCGACAGGACCACGAUCAGGAAACGCACCAUUUUCCUGAUCUCGAUCAUCUUUGUGGCCAUCACGCGCUCCAUUAUGGCAGAGCAAACGGAUUGGACACAGCUCAUGGUCUGGCUAUCGAUUUGCGGCUUUUUCCGUGGCUCGGCGCUGAGCAACUUCACGCUGACCGUCUCCGAGUAUUGUUCGCUGGAAAAGCUGCCCUCGGCCUUUGGCUGGCAUCUGGUGGGCAAGGCGUUGUUUGUCAUCAGCUUCGGGCCACUGAUUGGUUUGAUUCGUGAUCUUACCGAGAGCUACCCCAUUUGCAUUCACGCGCAGAGCGUUUGCAUUAUGAUCUGCGCCGUCGCCUGGGGCAUUGAGUAUUUGGUGGAGUUUAUCCAGUCGCGUCGUCGCACCGCCGAUGUGGCACAGGAGGGCGCAGCUGAAGCAAGCGGAGCAGCUGGCACAGCGUCAGCGACAGCGCCAGCCGGCCAGGAUGUCAAGCUGUAAUAUGAAGGCCAAAGAUCAAGAGAGAAUUAACAGAGAUGCAGAAUAAAAACAGCAACAAAAUAAGAAAAACUCAUCAAAUGCAAACUACUUAAUACUUAAUUAACAUAUACAUAGAUACUUAAUAAAAGUACGUCUUUGCGGGCUAUUUACAGAGAGUGUUAGCUGACCUAACUAAAUAGCCCAGGAAAAAAAGUAAUAAUAAUAAUUAAUACAUAAUAAUAAUAUAGCAAUUGCACUGUGUAACCCUCUCCUCUAACUGUAUUAAACUCUCAUUUGCCAGUCUACUAUAUAUAUAUACAUAAAUAUAUAUGUGUGUAAAGUUCGUUCCACUUGAGAUCUGUUAGUGGAACGAGCUUUAACAUCAUUCAUACCUAUUAGUCUCUAUUAUUAUUUUAUCAACUCUUUUUUUUUUUUUUUUUUUUUUACUUAUUGUAUGAACUUGUAUGUGAUAGUUCAAAGAUAGCUUGUAAGUUAGAACGUAAAGCGAGCAUAUUUUACAAUGUACACAAAAAUAUAGCUGUACAAUAUUAAUAUGAACAAAAGGCAUUAAAAAACAACAAAACAACGACAACAAAUCAAACAAACAAUAAAUGAAAAACUGGCUUUAAAAUUGAUAUACAAAUAUACAUGUUUAUAUAUACUUUUGAAACGACCACGGAACACACCAACAUGAGCUACCUAAAAAUAUAUCUAUAUGAAAUCAUAUAUAUACAUAUAAAUAUAUACCUUACCUAACUAUAGGAAAGAGCUAAAAACACACUUAAACUGGAAAUGGAAUUGUUUUACCAAUUUACACCUGAUUCAUAUGCCUAUUUAUAGAAACAUUUACAAACAUAUACACGAACCAGAAGCCAAGUUAAAUGAACUGAGUUAACAAAAUAAAGUUAUAUUGAAACAGGAUUUAUACAUAUACACCUAAACACACUUCUCCCAGACAAAUUUGCUGGCAGCUGUGAAGGUUAACUAAACUUGAAAAUGCCAAUGAUAGAUAAAGAGAGAGAAAAGAGAAGGCAAGUGGGAGAGUUAGUUAGUGAGACAGAGAGAUGGAUAGAACAAGGUACUGACGAAUGGAGAUGGAGAUAUAGAGAGAAGGAAAUAAAGGCAGGGAAGAGAUAGUUACAGAAAUGUAUUUUAGAAGAAAUAUACAACUAUACAGAGACAGAGAGAAUGAAAGAAAUUUAGGGAGAGAUAUAUGUAAAUUUUAUAUAAUAAAAGUAGAAAUCGGAGAUACACAUAGAGAGAGGGAGAGGAAGGGACAUAAAAUCAGAAAUAUAAUUGCAGAUACAGAAAGACAAAAAGAAACAAGGAUAUAUGUAUAGAGAGAGAGAGAGAGAGAAAGUAGAGAAAGAGAGAGAGAAACAUAUAAACAGAGAAAGACAGUACACUAUAGACAAAGAGAGAUAUACUUAUAAAGAAAUAAAAAAUUGAAGAGCUAAAUUACUAGAGGGAGAACGAAAGGGGUAUUAAAGAAUAGAGAAAUUAUACAAGAGAUAGAGGGGGCGACAAGGGAGAGAAAAAGUGGGCGUAACCAUCAUCUUUCGGAGUGCAGCCCAACCGAGUUACAAUGAGAUAGACAACGGAUACAGUGAGAUAGAAGAGAAAGAUGGAAAGAGAUAAUGUCAUACAAUAUAAAUAUUAAAUUGAAUGAAAAUAACCCACCAGAAGCAAGCAACAAAAUGUUAACUACAAAUAUAUGCAUCUGCAUUAGGUUCUCCAUUUAGCCAAUAAAAUGCCAGACAACUAACAUGCAACACGCUAAGUACACCUACACAGGUGUGUAUGUGUAUAGCUGUGCCUAAACAAAAGCUUUGCUGGACAUGAAAUAAUGCCUUAUUGUAAGAUAUAUAAAAAUCGAGAAAAACAAUGACAAGAGAAAUGAUAAAAGAAUAAUCAUAAAAGAACAACG